AUGUCCUCAAGCAUUGAGGAAAGCACCUCUUAUUUCGAUGUGAUCAUCGUUGGGGGCGGUGUCGCUGGUUGCGCAACUGCCCUAGCUCUCUUUCGCACCAAUCCCGGUGCAUCAAUUCUGAUCCUAGAUGACGCCAAUCCCAGCGUGUUUAAGCUUGUUGAAGAACUCUCGAAAGACCGCACAGAUAGCGUCCAGAUCAAAUGCACUGGCAAUGCUUCUGCUUGGACAACCUCUGAGCUGGAAGAGACUUAUGCAAUGAUGAACCCAUUCGGCAUGGGAUGGCACCUUGACCGAGCCUCUUUUGACCAGAUCCUGCGCGACACUGUGGGUAGCGUGUGCCCAGGUUCCGUCUCGCUUGUGAAAAGCGUAUUCCUUGGCAUAGACAAAUUAGAUGAUAACAGCCACUGGUCUGUGUCAGUGAAGGGUAUAGCGUCUGAUGAGAAAAAGGUGUACCACUCGAAAUGGGUGGUUGACGCCUCGGGCCGAAAGUCAUCGGUCGCCCGCAAGUUGGGCUCAAGAACCGUGAAGGAAGACGCUCUCCUCGCAUUCUAUGCCGUCUUUGUUCCCCCUCUGACCACUGAAGAUCGGGAUUACCGAACAUUGAUCGAGGCCAGCGAGUCUGGCUGGUGGUACAGCUCCCCACUUCCAAAUAAUCGUCGAGUCGUUGCGUAUCACACCGAUGAUACUGAUCCGACUUCAAGGGAUGCCCGUAAGCACGACGGAUUCAUGAAUCUUCUGCACACUACUCAGCAUAUAUCACGUCUCAUCACCGAGGGCGAGUAUGAUAUUCUCUUCGAUACCGAUACCAGAUAUCCCAUAUGCACAGCGGCGGGCUCUUCCCGCCUCGAACCACCUUGUGAUACCGCAGACCCCGAAGGAGUAAGAUGGGUGGCUGUAGGAGACGCUGCCAUGGCGUUCGAUCCCCUCUCGUCACAGGGUAUCAUCACGGCAAUGAGAGUGGGUUGUGCUGUAGGCGCUGCCAUCGCGCAGGAGAUUCAGGCGCCUGGGUCGAAGGAUUUGACCUCUGGCAUACGGGAAAUCUACUCUCAAGUUUGGUCCAAAUACGUCAAGGAAAAGCGAUACUUUUACAGUCAGGGGAAGAGGUUUGACGGGGAGUUCUGGAGGGUAAGAAAGUAA